AUGGUCGGCUUCCGGCACCCCCUGAACAGCUGGCUUCAGGAAAACAGCUGCGAUCCAACUCCACCGUCUCCAACGAUCCCCCUACUACUCCACCUCGCAUCCGCAAACCAACGGUUCACUUUGAUGAGACACAAGGGGAACAGGAACAUACUGAGGGAAAAUACCAGGGCUGCCAUAGAGUAUAGCGCAGAUAAGAUAGUCCCUUCUCCGACCAGGGUAGAAGAAAGUUCUGGAUAUUCUGAAGAAUCUGAUCUUGAAGUUCAAAAGUCGAUUGACGAACAGGAUAAUUAUGCAGAAUGGCAACGCAAACAGUAUACGUACAGCGUCAAGGCUACGCUGAAGGCAGAUACGCAUACUGGCCAGCGUGUCAGGUGGAGCAAUCGCAUUGGUACUGAGAAUUGGGUGAUGGACAACUUUGAUAUCAACUGCCUUCUCAUGGAGCUGCAUAAGCUCAUGGAUCAGCAUAAUCUUAUUGGUGAUCUCUAUGAAGUCAUUGUCUUCGUCAAAUCUGCGUACUCGAGGGCCACCAAACAUCGGCUUGAUCUAGAAGCCCUAAGCGAGGAGGUCUAG